GCGUAGCGGUGCCGGAGCUCCGCGCUGCGCUGACAACUGGCUGCAGCCGGGCCGUUCUCACUUUCAUUUAGCCCAGCGCUCGAUGGAGGGGCGGACACGCCAGUGCUUAAUGCAGUCUAACUAGUGUAGUGUAGGAAAACGCCUCAAUUCACCGCUGCCGAGAUGAAGUAUAAGAAUCUUAUGGCAAGGGCCUUAUACGACAACGUCCCAGAGUGUGCUGAGGAGCUGGCCUUUCGCAAGGGAGACAUCCUGACUGUCAUAGAGCAGAACACAGGAGGACUGGAAGGAUGGUGGCUCUGCUCUUUACACGGUCGGCAAGGCAUUGUCCCGGGCAACCGGGUGAAGCUUCUGAUUGGCCCCGUGCAGGAGACCUCCUCCAGUCAGGACCCGCCUACUUCUGGACUGAUGCACCAGCCCUUUGGCCAACAGAAGCUCUAUCAAAUGCCAACCCCCCAGGGCGCCCCUCGAGACACCAUCUACCAAGUGCCACCUUCCUACCAAAAUCAGGGAAUUUACCAAGUACCCACUGGCCAUGGUACCCAGGAACAAGAUGUGUAUCAAGUCCCACCAUCAGUGCAGAGAGGCAUUGCAGGGGCUAAUGGUCCCCACUUAAGUAAAAAGGUGAUCACACCGAUGAGGACAGGCCAUGGCUAUGUGUACGAGUACCCAUCCAGAUACCAAAAGGACGUCUAUGAUGUCCCUCCUUCCCAGACCGCUCACGGGGUGUACGACAUCCCACCGUCGUCUGUGAAAGGCCCCGUGUUCUCAGUUCCAGUGGGAGAGAUAAAACCUCAAGGGGUCUAUGACAUCCCUCCUAACAAAGGGGGAUUCGCCAUUCCACCCCCUGCCUGCAGAGAUGAGGCCGGGCUUAGGGAGAAAGAGUACGACUUCCCCCCUCCGGUGAGACACGCCGGCCGGCCCGACGGCAGACCCGAGGGCGUUUAUGACAUCCCCCCUGCCGGCACCAAGCCCCUGGGGAAGGACCUUCACACUAAAUAUAACGGGGACGCCGCAGCGGAGCUGGCGCCACGGAGACACCAAAGCAUUUCCCUGAGCCAACCGGCCCCGCAGCUGCGCCAGCCGGGGGGCUCCCAGAGCGACGCCUAUGAUGUCCCUCGGGGGGUCCAGUUUCUGGCACCGCCAGCAGAAACCAGCGGGAAAGCAAACCUCGAAGAGAGAGACGGGGUUUACGACGUGCCGCUGCACAGCCCGCCGGACGCCAAAGGCUCCCAGGAUGUGGUGGACGGCAUCAACCGGCUGUCCUUCUCCAGCACCGGCAGCACCAUGUCCACGUCCUCCACCACCUCGAAGGAAUCUUCGCUGUCCGCCUCCCCGUCCCAGGACAGAAGGCUCUUCCUGGAUCCAGACACGGCCAUCGAGAGGCUCCACCGGCUGCAGCAGGCCCUGGAGAUGGGCGUCUCGGGCCUGCUGGCGCUGGUCACCACCGACUGGCGGGGCUACGGGUACAUGGAGCGACACGUCAACGAGGUCCGCGCCGCCGUGGACAGGGUGGAGCUGGUCCUCAGGGACUACCUGCACUUCGCCAAGGGGGCCACGGCCAACGCCUCUUGCCUGCCGGAGCCCCCCCUCCACGGCAAGAUGAGGCGGGAACUCCAGAGGCUGCAGGACUCCCAUCAGAUCCUGAGCCAGAGCGGCCACGCCUUGAACGAGUGCGGCUGGUCCCUGAACGCUCUGGCCGCCAGUCAGCCCCACAACAGAUGGGAUGACCUGGACCGGUUCGUGAUGGUGGCAAAGACGCUGCCCGACGAUGCCAAGCAGCUGACCGCGACCAUCAACACCAACGCGGAGACCCUCUUCAAGCCGGGCCCUGGCAGCUCACAUGGGAAGGGCGGGCCUGAGAGCAUCACGAACUCCGCUGAGUGCCCACACGCCGGCUCCCAGGUGCAGCGGCUGCACCCCGGGGACCACAAGGCUCCAGCCCUCAACAAGCCACUGCCCCCAAGCCUGGGCAAGGACCAGCCCCCUGACUGUAGUAGCAGUGACGGCUCUGAACGGAGCUGGAUGGAUGAUUACGACUAUGUCCACCUCCAGGGUAAGGAGGAGUUUGAGAGGCAACAGAAGGAGCUCUUGGAAAAAGAAAAUAUCAUCAAACAGAACAAGAUGCAGCUGGAACAUCAUCAGCUGAGUCAGUUCCAGUUGUUGGAACAAGAAAUCACAAAGCCCGUGGAGAACGACAUCUCCAAGUGGAAGCCCUCCCAGAGCCUCCCAAGCACCAGCAGCGGCGUGGGCGCCCAGGACAGGCAGCUGCUGUGCUUCUACUACGACCAGUGUGAGACCCAUUACAUCUCCCUCCUCAACGCCAUUGACGCCCUCUUCAGCUGCCUCAGCUCAGCACAGCCCCCGCGCAUCUUCGUGGCGCACAGCAAGUUCGUCAUCCUCAGCGCCCACAAACUGGUGUUCAUCGGGGACACGCUGACGAGGCAGGUGGCCGCCCAGGACGUGCGCAACAAAGUGAUGAACUCCAGCAACCAGCUCUGCGAGCAGCUCAAGACGAUAGUGUUGGCGACCAAGACGGCCGCGCUUCAUUACCCCAGCACGUCCGCCCUGCAGGAGAUGGUCCACCAGGUGACCGACCUGUCCAGGAACGCGCAGCUCUUCAAGCGCUCUUUGCUGGAGAUGGCGACAUUCUGAGAAGAAGAGCAGCAAAAGAGGGACUGACUUGGGUUACUGAGGAAAACUGGAAAUACUCUCUGGUUUUUGUAAAUCUUAUCUAUUUUUGUAGAUAUUUUAUAUGAAAAUGAAAUAUUUUAACAUUUGAUGGGUUAGACGACAUUCAGAAAUUCAGGGAACUCUAGGGGAACUUUUUUUUCCUGCGUGGUUCUUGCGUACACAUCUAAGCAUCUAAGACGUAAACUGUAAACUGUACAGAGUCCUGUCUGUGUGUGUGUGUGUAUGACUGCGUGUUCAUGUUCGUUCGUAGAUAUUUGUCUGAUACAUUCCAUUGAAAACCAUGACUUAAGAAGCACCUUAGUAAGCACCUCCUAAUGCUGCAUUUUUUUUUAGAAAACAUACCAGCUGGUUGUAAUAUUGCUCUACAUAUACUAGCGAUUGUUCUUGAGCCUGUCACUCCCAAGUCUGGGAAGCAUAGUAUAUUUGCAGGUGUGCGCCUUCCAGUAAGGAGGCAUAUGCUAUGCCUUGUUUUUGUUUUUGAACUCCCUUCCAACACUGGCUGUCUUGGGCACGUUAUUGCAAGAUGCCUCACUUCUGGUUGAAAAAGCCCUCCUAGAGAGAAAGUUUCAGCAAGUAUAUGUUAAUCCAAACUCUGACAUGUUAGGUGCUGGAGGAGUGACGCAUGUACUUAGGGGCCAUGUCCCCACUUAGGGUUGUUUCAGCAUGGAGAGGACGUGUUUCCACAGGGCUUUUUGAUCACUGGCAUUUAUGAGUGACUUGGCCAUGCGAUUUUCCAAAGGAUGUUUUUAGAUUUGCAAAAAAUAUAUUAUUUGCAGCAGGAAUUCAUAAAGACACAUCAGACUAUGAUCAUCCACAAAAGGAAGGAUGGUCCCAUCUGCCAGUUGUAAGUAGGGCCUUUCUGACUCUCAACAUUCCCUUAGGUGCUACCCCAUUACCUGAGAGCAACUGGCCAGUUCCUUGAUCACCUAAACAUUAGAGCCACCAGGCCACAUCCCACUCUAAGAGAAUCCGAUGCUUGAUCCUGUACCCUCCCUAAAACAUGCACAUGCAGACCCAGCACUCAGAGCAGCUGUAUGGAGCCCACCUAGGCGUUACAGCUCUGUCUGGCCAAUGACCCUGUGCACACUGCCCACCACCGUCUCCCAGCUCGGCACAGCAUCCGUCCAUUCCAUAGUCUGUCCUCUCGUACCUGCUGGGGUUGGCACAGCACAAACACACCACAAGCCAUCAGAUUCAUCACACUUCUUACCCCGGGGGGUAAAUGUAGUCACAUAUUACCAAGUCAAGAAGCAAAUUACGACUUAUCAGUCCAGUUUUCAUUUAAUGAUGCGAUUCCAGCCGAUUGGAAAACAUUUUGGUUUGCAAUAUAUGCCUUGACUUAAUUGAGCUUGCUUGUUUUAAACAACCAAAUCAUUGGAACAGGAAAGGAUUUAGGAGAGAAGGAUGCAUGAUCUAAGUGGGAUACAAAAUAAUCAGUGGAACUUACCCUAGAAGUGCUUUUCAGAACCACCGCUCUUGUAGUUCUUGACGUUCUGCUCUGCCAGAAGCUGUAUCAUUAACAAGGAAGUGUGUGCGAAGGAAGAAGCAGGUUGCUGAAAAUCUACGAGGAAGAGGUUGAAAAGUGUCCUUGUAGAUUUCAUUGUAUAAUGUGCAUUUCUUAGGAGAUGACAGACUUGAGCAAAGUGGUGACGUUUCACGUUUUCCAAACCAAAAUGUUCAAUCUGUAUUACUCUCUUUCCCACAUUGUAUAUACAGGCUAUUUUUAAAUCAUUAAAAUUUUAGAUGUCUGUUUU